AUGUCUGCUGGAGGAGAGAAGUCAAAAACUGCUUGCCAGACCGACGGGAAGGCUGCUCAGAGCAAGAGAUCUGAGAUGGGCCUGAAUUCCUACAAGAUGUGUGUGUACGACCAGGAGAACUUCCAGGGCAAAUGUGUUGAGAUCACUGCCGAGUGCGUGAAUGUGUGUGACAUCGGCAUUGACAAGGUGCGCUCUCUGCGUGUCGACUGCGGACCCUUUGUGGGAUUUGAGCAGAUGAACCUGUGCGGGGAGAUGUUCAUCCUUGAGAAGGGAGAGUACCCCCGCUGGGACUCCUGGAGCAACUGCCAGAAGAACGACUACCUGCUGUCCUUCAGGCCCGUCCGCAUGGACCCUGAUAAGCAUAAGAUCUGCCUGUACGAGAUAGGAGAGUUCAAGGGCCGCAAGAUGGAGAUCAUGGACGAUGACGUACCCAGCCUGUUCUCCUACGGGUUCACCGACAGAGUUGGCAGCAUUAGCGUUAGCUGUGGAACCUGGGUGGGUUACCAGUUCCCUGGUUACCGUGGCAGCCAGUACCUGUUGGAGAAGGGGGACUUCAAGCACUUCAACGAGUUCGGUGCCCGCUCCCCCCAGAUGCAGUCCAUCAGGCGCAUCCGCGACAUGCAGUGGCACCAGCACGGCUGCUACACCUUGACGACCAAGUGA